AUGAAGCAGUGGAUAUCAGGUCUAACAAUGUUCAAUCUGGUCAAGAGGAAACCAUUUUGGCUAUCCAUACUCAUCAUCAUCCAUCUUGCCAGACCUUCUCUAAGCAACGUGGAACCGGCGUCAUUGGAAGCAAGCCCAACACCUACUAUUAGUACACUAUUCAAAGGUUCAAGCUCUCAACAUGUUGAUCAACAAUGCAAUCCCUGCUGCCAGGGACAGCCAGGUUCAUCAGGCAUGCCUGGAAUGCCAGGAAAUGCAGGAAGAGAUGGAUUUCAUGGUCGUGAUGGACUACGAGGAGAGCCAGGAAUUAUGGGACAUCCCGGGGUCAAAGGGCAAGAUGGAUCCGAGGGUCAACCAGGGAUGAAAGGUGAGAAAGGUGAACCCAUUAGAAUGCAGGGGCCAAGAGGACCUCAAGGUCCACCAGGACCUCAUGGAAGUAGUGGGCCUUCUGGAAACAAAGGAGAUGUUGGAGAGACAGGGUCUCCUGGUGUGGAAGGACCACAAGGUGUACCUGGUCUGAAGGGUGAGAAAGGACCUUAUGGACUGACCGGAAACAAGGGAGAUAAAGGAGAUCUUGGAAAUAAAGGCGAUACAGGUGUAAAGGGUGACCAUGGUAGCGCGGGAAUGGAUGGACUACCUGCUCCUCUGAAUGUUACAGGAGUACCUGGUUCGAUGGGUGAGCCUGGACAACCAGGAAUGAAAGGCAAGAAGGGAGAGAGAGGACCUAUUAGCUUUGUCAGUUCAUUAGGAAUGAGUUCACAACAACCACGGAACCUGGAAGAUCUAAGGUACACUGGGCAAAAAGGGUCUCGGGGAAUUAAAGGAGUACAGGGCUCAAAAGGAGAAAAUGGCACAGAUGGAAGAGAUGGGGUUUCUGGGACACCAGGACCUGUCGGUGGCAAAGGUGCAAAAGGAAAACAGGGAAUAAUGGGUAAGGCAGGAGAAGUAGGUCUGCAAGGACCACCUGGUGUUAGAGGAGAAAUGGGUUUAAGAGGAGACAAAGGAGAUGUUGGGAGGACUGGAGACAUGGGGUUCAAUGGAACUAAAGGUGAGAUGGGUGUUAAAGGGGACAAGGGAAUACAAGGUUCACCAGGAGUGUCUGGGGGUAAGGGUGUUGAUGGCCUUCCUGGAUCAGAUGGGCUUGAUGGGAAACCUGGUUUCAAUGGUAGUGAUGGGGAACAAGGUAUAAAUGGUCAAAAAGGAGAGCAAGGGGAGAUGGGUGUUUUAGGGUAUAAUGGGAGUAAAGGAGAACUGGGAUUAACAGGUGGACCAGGAGCACCUGGUAUUAGGGGGGAGAAGGGUGUAAAAGGAGAAAAUGGCACAACUGGACUCCCUGGUGAUGUUGGGAUAACUGGGGAGAAGGGGUCAAAAGGUGAAACAGGGCCAAUAGGACAUAGAGGGAUAUCUGGUGUAAAUGGUACUCAGGGGCCUGGAGGUCCACCAGGGGAAAAGGGCUCCAUUGGGGAAGGGUUGCAGGGUAAUACAGGGGACAGUGGAGGAAAGGGGGAAAAAGGUGAUAUGGGACCAGUGGGUGUACCUGGUGCAGGGGGUGAACCAGGUGUGAUGGGGAUAGUUGGGCUAAAAGGUGAGAAAGGGCAAGAAGGUGUGUGGGGUGAACAUGGCGCAAAGGGAGACUCUGGCAACAAGGGUCCAAGGGGUAAACAGGGCCCUCCUGGUGAAGUAGGUCCCAAAGGAGUACGGGGUAGUUUUGGACCAGAGGGUCCUCAUGGUCCAGUAGGGCCCCCUGGUGUGCAAGGGGUUAAGGGAGAGGUAGGACUGAAGGGAAGUUAUGGCGACAAAGGUGAUACAGGAGGCAAAGGGAAUACUGGACCAUCAGGAGCACCUGGGGUUAAGGGUGAGCCUGGAAUCCAAGGAGAAGCUGGCUUGCAAGGUAGCAAAGGUGAUAAUGGGUCAGCUGGUGGGCCUGUGGGGCCGCCAGGUCAGCCAGGUAUAGAUGGGAUCAAUGGAUCGAAGGGUGACAGUGGAGACACUGGGAUAACAGGUACGACAGGACCACAGGGGAUCAAAGGGGAUGAAGGAAGUAAAGGAGAUCAAGGACUUCAGGGAUUAAAGGGUGAUUUGGGACAUAAAGGGGAUAUUGGGAUGGUUGGUCCAAUGGGACUAAGAGGAUUUAUAGGAAAUCUUGGCGGAAAAGGGGAACAAGGAAAGAUGGGAGAUAAAGGUGAAGUAGGCUUGAAUGGGACAAGGGGACCAAUUGGUCCAACAGGGGAGCAGGGUAUGGACGGCGCAAUGGGACCAAAAGGGGAAAAGGGAAGUAUUGGUGAAACAGGUCAAAGGGGAGAAAUGGGUCUGAAUGGAACACAAGGCCCUGAGGGUCAACCAGGACCAAUAACUCCAAGUCCAAAGGGCUCACAGGGUGAUAAAGGAGAACAAGGGGAAACAGGUGAGGAAGGAAGGGUUGGGCAACCAGGGGAGAAGGGUCAGCGUGGUGUAUGGGGGUUAGAGGGAGUUAAAGGAGCACUGGGCCAGCAAGGUUUACCUGGGCUAGCUGGGGCAAUAGGUGAGAAGGGGGACAAGGGUGACUCAGGUGGAGCCGGGUCAAAGGGUGAGGGUGGAGUCACUGGGCCUCCUGGGAUUGGUGUUAUAGGACCACCAGGUAUCCCUGGGGAGCCUGGUAAAUCGGUAGCAAUCGCACCCUAUCGGCAAACUGCGUUCACAGCAAGAUAUUUUCACAAUAGAAUUGAUCUAAACGGUCGACAGAUACCAUUUAGUCACAUUGUCUCAAACGUUGGUGGCCAGUUCCAAAGUGGAUCCUUCUCUAGUGCCACUGCAGGCACGUAUGUGUUCCAGUUUAACUUGGAAUAUGGCUCCGGAAUCGUGAAGUUGAUGAAGAAAGGGUCCUCCACUGAGCUUAUGAUGACAGAAACAUCAGCUACUACUGUAGUUCAGCUUGAUGUGGAUGAUCUAGUAUGGCUGCAGAUGACCACUGAAGGCACACCACAAGAACUGGGAGUUAACUUCAGUGGAUUUCUGCUGUAUGUUUCCUGA